CCGCGAGAAAGAUUUGGGAGCUCGUCCGUGACUGGGCAGUGGACCCACUUCCGGCACAGCGCCCCGCCACGGACUCGGCCCCAUAAUAUUUUCCAGAGCCAGCCAUGCCAUCCUAAUUUUUUUGGAAGCUUGGACAACCGUGAUCGUUCAAACCUCAGAAGACGACAUCUCGACAGCGACGCCUCUUUCGUAGUGGCCGAGCGGAAUAACCAUCUUACGGCAACCAGUUUUGCCAAUUGUCGGGAACAUCCUUGACAACCGACCUGCCAGCGAGCGAAUCUCACGAUGCCGUCGACGCACAAAAAGGACAAGCCGUGGGACACGGACGACAUCGACAAAUGGAAGAUUGAGCAGUUCACAGCCAAGGACAACCUGGGCGGCACGUUUACCGAGGAGUCGUCCUUCGCGACGCUGUUUCCCAAGUACCGCGAGGUGUACCUCAAGGAGGCGUGGCCGCUCGUGACCAAGGCCCUGGAGAAGCACGGCAUCGCGUGCACGCUCGAUUUGGUGGAGGGUUCCAUGACGGUCAAGACGACGCGCAAGACGUUCGACCCGGCGGCCAUCCUCAACGCCCGCGACCUCAUCAAGCUGCUCGCCCGCAGCGUGCCCGCGCCGCAGGCCAUCAAGAUCCUCGACGACGGCGUGGCGUGCGACGUCAUCAAGAUCCGCAACCUCGUGGGCAGCAAGGACCGGUUCGUCAAGCGGCGGCAGCGCAUCCUCGGCCCCAACGGCUCGACGCUCAAGGCGCUCGAGCUCCUCACCGAGACGUACAUACUGGUGCACGGCAACACGGUGUCGGCCAUGGGGCCCUACAAGGGCCUCAAGGAGGUGCGCCGCGUCGUCGAGGACUGCAUGAACAACGUGCACCCCAUCUACCACAUCAAGGAGCUCAUGAUCAAGCGUGAGCUCGCAAAGGACCCGGAGCUGGCCAACGAGAGCUGGGACCGCUUCCUGCCCAACUUCCGGCGCAAGACGCUCAGCAAGCGGCGCGUGCCGCACAACGUCACCGACAAGGCCAAGAAGGUGUACACGCCGUUCCCGCCGGCGCCCGAGAAGAGCAAGGUCGACAAGCAGAUCGAGAGCGGCGAGUAUUUCCUCGGCAAGGAGGCCAAGGAGAGGGCGGCACAGAACGAGCGCAAGGAGAAGCAAAAGGAGAGGAAGGAGGAGCGGCAGCGGGAGCGCGAGGCCGAGUUUGUGCCGCCCGAGGAGGGCGGUCGGCCGAAGAAGAAGCGGAAGAAGACGGCCGAGUAGUGGGACGGAUGUGUGUGAGGGUAUGGUCGCUGACAAGGAGUCUGUGGCCGCCCCGUUUUUGCAUUUACGGCGUUUAAAUUCAGGAGUCGCAAGUCUCGGUCUGGCCAUAGCAUAGUUUCUUCAAGAAGACCAAAUACAAAC